AAAAAGUCGAUUGGAGACGUUGACGUUUUCGCUGUCAUUUUUCAUUGAAGUUAUCACACAGCGGGAAUGCAGAAAUCUCGUUUCUCGGUUCACCAAGUGAUUGUACCUGAGCGAUACGCGACCUUAUAAAUAAAUUUUGCGGAUCACAAUGCCACCAAGUAGCUUACGAGUCGUCUACGCGUUCGCCAGAGAAAUGCACCCAAAAACAAGUGAUGUUUUUAUUCAAUAUGGAACUGCCGGAUUUCGCACAAAAGCCAAUCUGCUUGAACAUGUAGUCUACCGCAUGGGCUUGUUGGCCGUGAUUCGAUCAAGAGUUAAAAAUGGUCGCACAAUAGGUAUCAUGAUAACCGCGUCGCACAACCUGGAACCCGACAAUGGAGUGAAGCUGAUUGACCCUGAUGGUGAGAUGCUGGAGCAGAGCUGGGAAGAGAUCGCUACCAGGCUCGCUAAUGUCAGUGACAAUGACUUAGAAUCAACAACGGCAGAAGUCAUCAAGCAGGUUAACGCCGACAUGGCGCUCAAGGCGAGCGUCUUCAUCGGGAUGGACACAAGAUAUACGAGUCCUCGCCUCGCCGCGGCAGCAGCCAACGGCGUUAUAGCUCUGAAGGGAACCCCUAAAGAGUUCGGAAUAGUCACCACGCCGAUGCUGCACUACUGCGUUAAAUGCCGAAACGAUAAUACUUACGGCACGCCCACUGAAGAAGGUUACUACGAGAAAAUAGUAGGUGCGUUCAAAAACAUUCGUCAGAAGUUGCCGGUUUACGGCGAAUAUAACACCACAUUGUAUGUGGACGGCGCGAACGGCGUCGGCGGCAAGAAACUUAACAUCAUCAAGAAGACUUUGGAUGGAGAACUGGAUUUGCAUCUAUACAACUUGGGCGGCAAUGGCGGCAAAUUGAACCUUAAUUGUGGUGCUGAUUUCGUGAAAGUAUCACAGAAGCCCCCAGUGGGCGUGGAACACGUUCCGUUCCAAAGGGUGGCGUCCCUGGACGGCGACUCUGAUCGAAUCGUAUACUACUACAUGGAUGACAAAGACAACAUGAUCUUAUUAGACGGCGAUCGUAUAGCGACACUGCUCGCCAGUUACGUGACGCAGCUACUGAAGUCGGCCGAAGCAGCCGAUCUCAAGCUUGGUCUCGUGCAAACCGCUUACGCUAACGGAGCUUCCACUAGAUACAUUACGGAGGAGUUGAAGGUGCCAGUGAGUUGUGUAAAAACUGGUGUGAAGCAUUUGCAUCACGCCGCGUUGUCCUUCGACAUCGGAGUUUACUUCGAGGCGAACGGCCAUGGAACUGUCGUGUACAGCGAUAAAGCUAAGAAGACUAUCGGGAACAUAGCUAGUGAAGGAGAACCAGAACAACGUAAAGCUGCUCAACUCUUACUAAACUUAAUCGAUAUGACGAACGAGACCGUUGGCGACGCCAUUUCGGACCUAUUCCUAGUGGAAACGGUGCUUUGUGCGAGAGGUAUUAAUGCUAAACAAUGGCUUCAAUCUUACACCGAUCUGCCGAGUAGACAACUCAAAGUUACCGUACAGGACCGCAACGCCAUCUCUACAACGGAUGCGGAACGUCGUUGCACUUCGCCCGAAGGUUUGCAAAAUCGUAUCGAUGCUUUGGUGGCCAAAUACAAGAGCGGCAGAUCAUUUGUGCGACCCUCUGGCACUGAGGACGUGGUCAGAGUAUAUGCUGAAGCGGACACUAGCAAGUCCGCGGAUAAGUUAGCGUCAGAAGUCGCUCAGGCCGUAUUCGAUCUCGCCGGCGGCGUUGGGACCAGGCCCGAAUUGCCAGCUUAAAUACAAUAUCAAACAAGAUAACUUACUGCCUCAUAGAAAUAAAGAAUGGACUGCGCGUUCCCUUACAAACUGUCAAGUAAAACUAGGCAGAUCCAUAGAGGUAUAACAAUAGAGUAGGGGAGAUAUAGACUCUACUACAAGUGGAAGUGUCCCUCUAAUAGAAAGAGAGAGAAGAUGAGAGACCGCUAGCUUUCUCUAAUCGCGCAUGCGCAUUGGCAACCGUAAGCAUCUUACUAUUUCGAUCUGA